GGGCUAGCUGUUUGGAUGGUCGCUGUCACUCUACUGCAGAAUCAGAACCGAGACCCCCGGGAGUGGAAGGCUCAUUUCCUGGAGGCUGUGGAUGAUGCAUUCAAGACGAUGGAUGUGGAUAUGGCUGAGGAGCAUGCCAGGGCCCAGAUGAGAGCCCAGAUGAAUAUCGGGGACGAAGCUCUGAUUGGACGGUGGAGCUGGGAUGACAUACAGGUGGAGCUCCUGACCUGGGAUGAGGACGGAGAUUUUGGCGAUGCCUGGGCCAGGAUUCCCUUCGCUUUCUGGGCCAGAUACCAUCAGUACAUUCUGAAUAGCAACCGUGCCAACAGGAGAGCCACUUGGAGGGCUGGUGUCAGCAGUGGCACCAACGGUGGGGCCAGCACCAGCAUUCUUGAUGGGCCCAGCACCAGCUCCACCAUCCGGACCAGAAAUGCCGCCAGAACGAGUGCCAACUUCUUCUCCUGGAUCCAGCAGCGCUGAUGGACUGCGGCCGUCACGCACCAGGCCAGAGUGCCUCCUCAGAUCCCUCCCUCACACAGCACUCUAGGCAGCUUCUCCCUGCCCAUCUGAGAUGGCAUGCCAGAUGAAGCUCUCUCUGCCCUUCCUGCUUCGGUUGUGUGCUGUUGUUGUGCGCUUCUGUCGUGUUUUCAUGUUUUUGGUAUCGGUGUUACAUUAAAGUUGCAAAAUUA